GCCGAGAAUAGCCAAACAGAGUGCUAUUUGAAAAAUUGUUCUCUCACCGUGAAAGAGAGAGAGAGGUUAGGCUAUGGCUGAUGAGAGCGUUGUUGAGUCCCCAGUGAAGAGGCAGAGAGAUGAUGGUGAAGAAAAUGGUGUCUCUGUUUCCAUGGACGCGGAGGGUGGCAAAGACCCUCUUAGUAACGGUUUAUCAUCUGUGAUUCCUGGGUGGUUCUCUGAAAUCAGUGCAAUGUGGCCUGGAGAGGCUCACUCCUUGAAGGUGGAAAAGAUUUUGUUUCAAGGAAAGUCAGAAUACCAAAAUGUCAUGGUCUUCCAGUCAUCAACAUAUGGCAAGGUUCUUGUUUUGGAUGGAGUAAUUCAGCUAACAGAAAGGGAUGAAUGUGCCUACCAAGAAAUGAUCACUCAUCUUCCUCUUUGCUCUAUUCCAAACCCUAAAAAGGUUUUGGUUAUCGGUGGAGGUGAUGGAGGGGUCAUACGAGAAGUAGCACGCCAUUCUUCAGUUGAAAAGAUAGACAUUUGUGAAAUUGACAAGAUGGUUGUUGAUGUCUCCAAACAAUACUUCCCUGAUGUAGCUGUUGGGUAUGAUGAUCCUCGUGUGACACUUCAUAUUGGUGAUGGAGUUGCAUAUUUGAAGGAAGUUCCAGAAGGAACUUAUGAUGCUGUUAUAGUGGAUUCAUCCGACCCUAUUGGUCCUGCUCAGGAGCUUUUUGAAAAGCCCUUCUUUGCGUCAGUUGCAAAGGCUCUUUGUCCCGGUGGAGUUGUGUGUACUCAGGCAGAAAGCAUUUGGCUUCAUAUGGAUAUAAUUGAGGACAUUGUGGCCAAUUGUCGCCAGAUUUUUAAAGGCUCUGUCAACUAUGCUUGGACUACUGUUCCUACAUACCCAAGUGGGAUGAUUGGUUUUAUGCUUUGCUCAACUGAGGGACCACCUGUUGAUUUCAAGCAUCCAGUUAAUCCCAUAGAUGAAAAUGAGAGUCAGAAGUCAGUAAGACCACUGAAAUUUUACAACUCUGAGAUUCAUACAGCAGCUUUCUGUUUGCCGUCAUUUGCAAAGAGGAAGAUUAGUUCUAAAGCAAAUUAAGAAGAUUUUCAGAACCUUUGAAGGAGCUCAAGUGGCUGUUGUAGAAGUCCAACAUUCAUCCUUGCUGUAUUGGUCCAUCUAUCAAUGAGCCUUGGAAUAAGUCAGAUUAAAUUUGGCAUUGAAUAGUUAAGUUUAUUUCUGGAAAUCAAUUAGCAAUCGGAUUAAGAGUCUAGGCAAUCCUAAACGGGGUUUAAAAGUGAUGGCAAUUAUCAUUAUCAACCCAAGAAUUACCUGUUUUAUAAUCUCUCUUUAUAUUCUUAUUAAUAAGUUGGAGAGGGGACCAAUCGAUUGACAUGAUUAAAUCAACUUUGAAUGCCGAUCACUAUCAAUUGGAUGCCAUAA